UGCGUCACUUCCGGUGCGUUCAGUGCGGGGUUCGGAGAGGCAAGAUGGCGGCCCCUGACGAGCAGGAAUUAUCUCAGGAGCAGACUGAGAAACUCCUCCAGUUUCAGGACUUGACUGGGAUAGACUCCAUGGAUCAAUGUCGUCGCACCUUAGAGCAACACAAUUGGAACAUUGAGGCAGCUGUACAGGACAGACUGAAUGAGCAGGAAGGGGUCCCCAGUGUAUUUAACCCUCCUCCCUCCCGUCCGUUACAAGUCAACACCGCAGACAACAGAGUCUAUAGCUACAUAGUGUCAAGGCCGCAGCCCAGGGGGUUCUUAGGAUGGGGUUACUACUUAAUAAUGCUUCCUUUCCGAUUUACGUAUUACACACUACUGGACAUACUCAGAUUUGCUCUGAGGUUCAUAAGGCCGGAGCCCCGUGGUCGUGUUACAGAUCCUGUAGGUGACGUGGUAUCAUUUAUUCAUAGUUUUGAAGAGAAGUAUGGCAGAUCACACCCAGUUUUCUACCAGGGAACAUACAGCCAGGCAUUAAACGAUGCCAAGCGCGAGCUUCGGUUUCUGUUAGUUUAUCUCCAUGGAGAUGAUCAUCAGGAUACUGAUGAGUUCUGUCGCAACACUCUUUGCACAGAGGAAGUUGUCAACUUUGUUAACACCAGGAUGCUCUUCUGGGCUUGUUCCACUAGCAGACCCGAAGGAUACAGAGUUUCCCAGGCAUUACGAGAGAAUACAUAUCCUUUCCUGGCCAUGAUCACGCUGAAGGACAGAAAGAUGACUGUUGUGGGGAGGUUAGAGGGUGUGAUCCAAGCAGAGGACCUCAUUAAUCAACUCACGUUCAUCAUGGAGGCCAACCAGACUUAUCUGGUGUCGGAGCGAAUGGAAAGAGAGGAGCGGAACCAGACCCAGGCACUCAGGCUACAGCAGGAUGAGGCCUAUCUCGCCUCCCUUCGCGCCGACCAGGAGAAGGACAGGAAGAAGAAGGAGGAGGAGGAGCUGAAGAGGAGACAGGAGGAGGUGGCCAGAGAGAUCGUACUAGCCGAGGAGAGGAGACAACAGACUUUGCAGGAAGAGAAGGAGCGAAGGUCUGAGAGCCUCCCACCUGAACCCUCUCUGGAUAACCCUGAUAGUGUAAAAAUUGUCUUCAAACUGCCCAACGAUUCCCGGGUAGAGAGACGGUUCUUGUUCACGCAGUCUUUAACGGUAAUACAUGACUUCUUGUUCUCCUUGAAAGAAACCCCUGAGAAGUUUCAGAUAGUGACUAACUUUCCUCGUCGGGUCCUGCCCUGCAUCCCCACAGAGCAGAGGCCGAUCCCACCAACGUUGAAGGAGGCUGGGCUGAGUCGCUCCGAGGUACUUUUUGUGCAGGAUCUCACAGACGAUUAAUAAACUAACCAAAUCUCUAUUGGAGUUUUUUUUUUUUUUCUUCUAAAGAGCGCUGCGCACAUGGGAUCAUUGAAACAAUUUCCUGAGAGCCAAGAUUUUUUUUUUUGUUUUGUUUUAUUUUGUUUGGACAGGAGUAUGUACGUGUGGAUACGUUACUGUAUAUUUAACACAAAACAUGCAUCCAGAAGGAAAAAAAAAUGCCCAAGUUAAAAAAGAAAACGCUCCAGUUUAUAAUUUAAUAAUAAUAAAAAAUAAGUGAGCAUAGUUUUGAUCUGUAAAACAUUUAUGUUCCUAUCCUUCCCCUUCUAAGCCCAUAGUUAACCAUCUGCAGAAUUAAUGCAUUUUUGUUAUCCCCUUUUAAUGAUAUAAUGUAUUUAUGUUACCAGAAGACCAAAGGAGGGUUGGUGGUUAUUUAAUGGCGCUGGACUGCUUACAGUUCUUAAAAAAAAUAUAUAUAUAUAUAUAUAUAAAAAUAAACCUACCACAGCUUUUCCCUGUGGUUCUAGCCUAUAUAGCAUAGUAAAAGUCUGCCUAUAGUGUGCCUGUGGCAAUACAUACAUGCAUAUUUUGCCAUUUUAAUAACUGAAUGGGCUGGUCUUGUUAAGAUGUCCCCAACAAGUAUAAAUUAAACCAUUUUAAAAUUUUAUUGUGUGUAAUUGUUUCCAUGGUUUUUGUAUCCUUUUUUUUAAUUAUUAUAUAUUUUUUGUGCCCAUGUUUAUAUGCCUGAGGUAUGUUUAAUGUGCGAAGAAAUAAAACAAGCUGACAUUCAAACAA